CGGUUCGUGUAUAUCUCCCAAUUAUGGUUGAAUUUUUAUAAUAUAGGCUAAGGGGAGCGUUUGUGCGUUUGUGCGAUUAGUGUUCGACCCCCCCCCCCCCCCCUACCCACUAUUGCACGAUCGAAAAACGAUACAAGGAGAGUGGUAAAAAAAAUUUUAAUAAACGGAUAAUCUCGCACGCGAGCGUUCGUUUUUCGAUUUGCAGUCCGAUGGUCGCGACAUAAGCUGACGCGGAGCACUUUUCACCGUCGCGACGUACAACAAUAAUAUAACAACGGAUUUCGUUACACGUUGUCCGUUUCGUCUGACGCCGCCCUCACACGUGCGCGUCUCGUAACACGCGACCGGCAGCGGCGGCGGUAAAGGAGAAAGUGCGCGGCGGUCGUAUAUGUGUGCCGGCGGCCACGGCGGUCGGCUACGGCGGCGGCGGUCGGACCGAUGUCCCGAGUCUUAGUCCCGCGACGUCGUACCUGCAGCGGCGGCAGCAGCAGCACCAGCAGCGGUGUUGGUGGUGGCGGUGGUGGUCUUGGUCGCGGUCGUCGUCGUCGUCGUCGUCGUCGCCGUCGCGCGAACGGCGGCGGCGGCGGUGGUGUUGGUCGCGGCCGAGGCGCACCGGGAUCGGCGAGGACUCAUGGCGGACGAGUAUCUGCGGCGCCGCGGUAGGCGCACCGGCGCGGGGGCCGUGGCGGCCGUAUACAGUGGAGAUCAGCGACAAGCGACGCCGCCGUUUCCGUCCGUGUGCCGUCUGGUCGAAAAGUACACGAUGCUCAUCGAACGGCACCGGCAGAACCAGCAGAACGGGUUGACGGCGCCUGUCCGUGGCGGAAAACCGUCGACGCCGGCGUCGUCGCCGCCGCCACAGUCCAAGUCGGCGGUACCGUCAGGCCCGGCUAUCGGCGACGACGACGCCGCCGCCUGGAACCGUCUACUGAUGGACAACGGCGGAGCUGAAAACGAAAACGACGACGAUGUCAACGGCAACGGCGACGACGGCUACGACGACGAUGAUGACGACGGCGGAGGUUGUGACCGUCGGUUCAGUUGCGUGUCGUUGGGCAGCAUCCAAGCCGGUAGCGACGAAGACGACAAGCUUACGACGAUCUCAGACGGCGGCGUGCAAGACUUGCGGUCGGGUGACGGCCGGCAACCGCAGCUACAGCAGGUGGUAGUCAGCCGGCUGGAGGUGAGCAAGACCAAGGUGAAGCGAAAGCGGCGCAAGUCGUGGACGGGACCAGUGGGCCGGCAGGGCAAGGGUGACGGGAUGGGCAGUCCGUGCCGCAAGGGCCAUAGUCUGGACCAAGGCUACGAGACGACGCACCACCAUCACCAACACCGGGAGUUCGGGAGCAGGCUGCACCACCACCCGACGCUAUACCGGUCAUUCAGCAGCAACGCGGGCGGCGACGCGGGCAGCGUGUUGGUGUACGAUGGUUGCGGCCCGCCGGACGGCGAGACACCAGUAAACGGCGCGGGUGGCCGUCAGUUCCGGACUCCGUCCGUGGUGGUCAGCGACCACUCCGAGGACCCGGUGUCCUUUUCGUCCAUGUUCACGCUUGACGACCUCGGCGAGUUCGAGUACAGGUCGUCCGCCGAUUACGGGUUCAACGACUCGUCGUCCGAAUGCAGUGCGAGCACGUGGAGCGCCGCGGGGAGUGUCAUCAGCGUACUGGAUGCAGACUAUUCGCUGCACACGCCCGAGCGCAAAAUAUCCGGAUGCAGCACGUGCAGCACGUUCAGCGGCGUCGAGGAGGACGAAGCUGCAGCGGCGGUGGAGGCGUUCGGCCAAUCCAAAUCGAAGCCAAAGCAUUCCGGAUGGCGAAAGUUGAGAAACAUUGUUCAGUGGACGCCGUUCUUUCAGACUUACAAAAAACAGAGGUAUCCGUGGGUACAGCUAGCCGGACACCAAGGUAAUUUCAAAGCCGGUCCGGAACCUGGUACGAUCCUCAAGAAACUUUGUCCCAAGGAACAGUUGUGCUUCCAAGUGCUGAUGAAGGACGUUCUGAGACCGUACGUGCCCGAAUACAAGGGUCACUUGACCACCGACGACGGAGACCUAUAUCUUCAGCUAGAAGACUUGUUGGGUGACUUCACUUCGCCGUGCGUCAUGGACUGCAAGAUCGGCGUCAGGACGUAUCUGGAAGAGGAACUGGCGAAAGCCAAAGAGAAACCCAAGUUGAGAAAAGACAUGUACGAGAAAAUGAUUCAGAUAGACCCGAACGCACCAUCGGAGGAGGAACACCGACUGAAGGGUGUGACAAAACCGAGGUAUAUGGUUUGGAGGGAGACGAUUUCGUCGACGGCCACGUUGGGCUUCCGGAUCGAGGGGAUCAAGAAAAGCGACGGCAAAUCGAGCAAGGACUUCAAGACGACAAAGAACCGGGACCAGGUGAUCGAAGCGUUUCGAGAUUUCGUCGCCGGUUUCCCGCACGUAAUACCCAAGUACAUCAACCGACUGAGAGCGAUCAGAGACAUACUGGUUGACUCCAAGUUUUUCACCACGCACGAGGUGAUCGGCAGCUCGCUGCUGUUCGUGCACGACAGCAAGAACGCCAACAUAUGGCUUAUCGACUUCGCAAAAACGCUCAUACUUCCGCCGGACAUCCGGAUUAACCACACGUCCGAGUGGGUGGUGGGCAACCACGAGGACGGUUACCUGAUCGGCAUCAACAACCUGCUGGACAUAUUCACCGAGAUGAACGCCGCGAUCACGUUUCCCGUCACGCUCAUCGAAGUCACGGCUCCGUCCGAAGUCGCCUGAACGCCGUCGACCCCCGCCGGUACCCCUACUCGCCGGUCCACUCAGCGGUCUUCCGAAUCGGGUGACCCACCCCAUUGACAAUGUGUGAUAGUAAUAAUAUGUCUGGCGCAAAAUAUUCCAAAAAAUCAUUUUUUAAAUAACACUUUCGAUUUUCGUUGACAAACAAAAUGCCGACGUUUUCCGUACCUACCUACCUACUGCAGGGUUCGUUUCGAUUGCGACGAGUUUUCAAUCUUAAUUUAUUUUACCCCCACCCAACCCCCGAACCGUUUUCGGCGCACCAGAGGAUUUGCCAUCAGUAUUAAAACAAUGAUCUAUUAUAGACGUUAAAAAAUAAAUAUUUUAUAACUAUACAUCAUCGCGGUGUGUUGUGUAAUAUGCCUAUUAUAAUAUGUACUAUAUUAUACACAUAGUAUAUUAUUAAAUAUUAUAAUAAUAUUAUGGUAAUGUGUGUUUGUGUGGAAAUCCAAUAAUAUAAAAUAAUAGUUAUUAUAUUUAAAUACGUGUACGAUAAUGGGACUACUACGUGUGAUUCUCAAAUGAUAUAUAUAUAUAUUAAUUAUUUAAACGUACAUUUUUAAUUCCAAGCGUAUAUGACGUGUGUAUAUAUUAUUAUGAUAUAAUAAUUACUAUACUGUGCGUGCGAUAAAAUAAUAAUUUUGUAAUACAUCAAUCAAUUAUCCACUGCAGUGUCGUGUGGUUUUUAUUUCGUUGUUUUAUUUUAUCGCUAUUACUAAAUUACUAUUUUUAUUAUUAUUAUUAUUUUUUUUUCAAAAACUUUAUAUUAUAAUCAGCCCUCUCCACUAUCCCUUUCACCACCCCUCUUGUCCAUGUAUUACGCAAAAAAUAUUUUUUUUAAAUACCUACCCACGUUACAACGACAAUAAUAACUAUAAUAAUAAUAAUAUUUACAAUAAUAGUACCUAUACUUUAUUUUUAUUUCCGCACGAGAACUAGACGUCCUCAUUUUGUUCUCCCGUUACAGUGUGUGUGUGUGUGUGUGUGUGUGAAAUUUUCGAUUUUAUUAUAUAUUAUUAUAAUUUUCCCCCCUUAUAUUUUUAUUUAUUAUUAUAACAUUUUUUUUUGUGUACAGAAUAUUUUAAAUAAGACUUGUAAAAGAAACCCUUGUUAUAUUAUUUUAUUUUUUAUUUCACUUCGCACAUGUGUACAUAAUAAAUCGUUAUCGCCUAUUUUUCUA